AUGCUGGCAAUGCUCCCUAUCCCGGAAUCCGCUCAUCAGCAAAUGAAGCAAAAGUUGGCAAAGAGGAAACGGCGAGCUGGGCUUAGGAGCUCCAGCGGUACCCUAGAAGACCGAAGGGCGGACUUGCCAAAUGCCAUUCUGGAAGCCGACCAGGGCAACAGGGCAGUGCUAACGGAUGUGCUGGAAGUGUUGGACAUUCAAGAAGGUCCCGCGUGUGAUGCUGCGCACUUUGAGCUGCAGCGGGAAAGGGAGAACCAAAGUGGACGUGCAGAAUCGCUGCAGCACUGUCCGGCUAUGGGCAUUGGAUCGUCGCAGGCUCCCAGCUUCAACAUCUCUACCCUGGCGCCUGAAUUUCCGAUUUAUACACCACGAGAGUCUGCACUGGCUGUUCAUUCCCGAUGUCCCCAGAAGCAAAGGCGCCGAGGCCAUAGAGUUCGGCUGCAUGUCUACGACGUCUCUCGGGACCCGAACAUCCAGCGAGUAAACAACGUUCUUGCAAACAGAGACGCGCCUUUGAAGCUAGGUGGCCUUUUCCAUGCUGGAGUUGAAGUCGGCAAGCUCGAGUGGGCGUUUGGAUCUGGAAGCCUCAGUGAGCAUUCGCCUACCGGAGUCAAAAGCCAUGAGCCCAAACAGAACCCUCAGCACAACUACCGCCAGACGGUCUACCUUGGCCGGUCCAUGUGCAGCCGAGAAGAAAUCGCCCAAAUCCUCGCGGAUAUGGCAGAGGAAUAUCAUGCCGAAAGCUAUGACCUGCUUCGCAAGAAUUGCUGUCACUUUGCCGAUGACCUUUGCCGUCGACUAGGAGUGAAGCACCCGCCUUGCUGGCUGCUCCGUUUGGCAAGGGCUGGAGUUCGCCUCUCAUUCCAUUGUCUCGCAUGUGAUGCCAGCAUGGACAAGCGCCCUCGAGUUCGCAUGCUACGGCCAGAUCAAGCUGCCGCCAUCAAACGAAGGCAGCAGCUUGAGAAGAAGGCUGUGAGAAGACGUGUCGCCUUGUGGCGCUCAAGGACAGUGGAUGGAGCACGGCAGACCGUCUAUGUUACGCUGGCUGGGGACUUGCUCAAGAAGGGUGCCAGGGCUUAUCGAGCCGCUGACGCUGACCAGAAGUACUUGAAGGCUCGUGGAAUUGCCAGCAAUCAGCCUGCAAACUCGGAAAUUGAGGUUCCCGAGGAGAUUCAACCGUACGUGUUCUGCAGAGGGCACAACCCGCUGGAGCUUGGCUAUUGGUGUAUCCCGCAAUCAGUGCAGGCCUGCCUCCGCCAGGGUGGCAUUCAGCAACUUCACAGGUGGCAAGCUGAAUGUCUCAGCUGCCCGCAGGUGCUUGUGGCGGGGCAAUCUCUGGUCUAUGUCGCUCCGACUAGCGCGGGAAAGUCUUUGGUAGCUGAGGUGUUGAUGCUGCGGCAACUUCUGUUUCACGGCCGUCGCGCUCUUCUGAUUCUGCCGUUUGUGUCAAUCUGCGUGGAAAAGGUCCAGAAGCUUCGGCAGACCUUUGGGGCAUGCGGUCUCCGGGUGGAAGGGCUCUAUUCUGCAUCAGACGGGAAGUGGCAUAGCGGUGCAGAUGUGGCCGUGUGCACCAUCGAGAAAGCUAGUGCCCUUUUGAACCGGUUGCUUGAGGAGGAUGCACUUCUACGUGACAUCGGCGUAGUUGUUGUGGACGAGAUGCACCUGCUUGGUGAGGAACAUCGAGGCUACUUGCUAGAGCUCAUAAUGGUCAAGGCAAGGCUGAGUGCUGACAUGGCUGCGGAUGCAGGCGGUGGUGCUGGGCUCCAGAUCAUCGGCAUGUCAGCGACGCUUCCUAACGUGCAGCUCCUGGCGGACUGGUUGGGGGCUAGGCUAUACGUGAGCAACGACCGGCCUGUGCCGCUCAGCCUUUCAGUCGCCAUGAAGGGUCAAGUCUUCUGCCAGGGCAUGCAGGCACAGGCCGCAAGGCUUCAGCAGAAGAACUGCCGCGAUCCGGAUGGACUCGUACCUUUGGUUUGGGAGUGCGUCUCUAUGCAGCAGUCUGUCCUCGUAUUCUGUGCCACGAAGGACUGGUGUGAAAAAGCGGCAUCGUUACUAGCUGAUGAAAUGCCUCGAUUGGAUCAGAGCGAGAAGGCGAAGUCAGGUUCUGCGGAUGUUUUGCAUGGUCAGCGGCUGCAGCUGGUGGAGGAGCUGAAGCAGACGCAUUCUGGGCUGUGCCCAGUACUUGCGCAGACCGUGCUCAGUGGUGUUGCAUAUCAUCAUGCAGGCCUUACAACAGACGAACGUACUCUCCUAGAGGCUGCGUACAGGAAAGGAGUCCUGCGAUGCCUCUGUGCCACGUCGACUCUGGCUGCAGGGGUGAACCUUCCAGCGCGGCGGGUCAUCAUUCGAUCAAUGAAGGUUGGAAGAGAUCCUCUCGACGCUGUCCGUUUUCGCCAAAUGGCAGGGCGUGCGGGGCGCGUGGGUUUUGAUACCGAGGGCGAAUGCAUCGUGAUGGCAAGGUCUGCCAAAGAGGCAGACGAGGCACGUGCCCUUUUUGCAGCCCAAUUGCAGCCACUGCGGUCUGCCUUGGGCAAGGAGCGUCUGGUGCGGGCAGUUCUUGAAGUCAUCAGCUUGGGCCUUAUUCGCACGGUGGGAGAGCUUGAAGGUCGAUUUGCCAGGAGAUUGUUUCGCUGCUACGAAGAGUGGUUCUCAUCGGGCUCGCGGAACUUGACGGUUGCUCCGCCAUCUUUACUUCAAGAACUGCAUUCAGCGCUUUGCUCGUUGGAGGCGCAGAAGCUCAUCGCAAUACAGGAUAAUCUGUCUCAGGAGCACCAAGCAUGCAGCACGGGCGAUUCGCAGUCUGAAGGGCAUGUGGCAUCGCAACAUCUGCCACAGGCAUUUGUUCGUGCAACUCCGCUUGGCAACGGCGUCGUGCACUCGGCACUCCGGCCCGAGGAGGCGCUGAGCGUCUUCUCCGACCUAGAGAGGGCUCGGAAGUGCCUUUGCUUGGACAACGACUUGCAUUUGAUUUUCCUGGCCACACCUGCAACAAGCGUAAGUAUCGAGCCGGACUGGUCAAGAUAUCUCAGCUACUACGAGAGGCUUCAGCCCAGAGAUCGGGCCGUCUCUGACGCAGUCGGAGUCUCGCAUCACUUUCUGUUGAAGCAGUCAAUGGGACACCGUGGGCCGCUUCCUGGUGGAGGCAAUGACUGGCGGCAGGACCGGGAGCGCGUAACCGCCCUACAUCGACGCUUCUGGGCAGCCCUGGCCUUGCGGGAACUUGCAGCCGAGAACCCUCCUGCUCGAGUUGCUCACGCCUUUGCAGCCUCCAGGGGCUCAUUGCAGGCGCUGCAGGGAUUGGCAGCUACUUACUGUGGAAUGGUGCGCCAGCUGUGCGAGAGGGUCCAUUGGAAUGAUAUGGCGGCGCUCUUCGACUGCCUCAUGCCUCGUCUCAACUUUGGUGCUGCAACGGAGGCGCUGCCCCUUUGCCGAAUCCCAGGUGUCCAUUCUGCGCGGGCACGGGCGCUUCUGCAGGUUGGCUUGUGCAAGGUAGAAGAGGUUGCACAGUCACCGAUCUCCAUGGUCGAAUCCGCACUCAAGAAGCUUUACAAGCUUGACUGCGGCACAUCUAGAGAAGCUCAUCAAGAGGCUGUAAUCCGCCAAGCAGCUGCCCGGAUAAUACAUGGAGCGCAGCAGCAAAUCAAUGCCGAGCUGCAGCGCCUCCAGGAUGAGACAGAAGAGGCACAAGCACGCGUUCUCCCCAGAAAGCUGAAGUUGGGCGUCAAAGCAAUGGCCAUGAGCGACACGGGGCGCGACCUACAGGGGCCAUCCAAGCAGCUGGUGAAGGAUGAGGCGUCCAAAACAACACGUCGUGAGUUUGGCCUCAGCUUGGCGGACUCCUCAUCGAGCAGUUUGGGUGGGCUUGCGUCUGGAGAUCGCCAGGAUUCCCAAGGCAGUGUCAUCCAAGGCUUUGGGGCUCUUGGUGCCGUGGCUCCUGCAGGGUACAUCUCUCGAAGUCGCAAGCGUCCUGCUGAUGCCUGCUUUGUGGACGAAGAGUUUCGAGCGGAGCCAUCGGCCAGCUCGACAAUGGACACUACCUCGCCUGCAACAAGCUUCACACAGACGCCACCUCGCCGCACGCGCAGAUCGACUAGCCCGAUGGCUGAGCAAAAUGAGAACCUCACGCCUAUCCGAGAGGGCAGGAUGCUGCAGCGAAACGAUACCCCAGGCAGUAGCUCGGAGUCCACUGAGCAGGACAGCGGGAAAGAGAACAAACCUCCAGAGCUUCAGGAGGAGGUCUCAACCCCGGAGCCGGCAGCAAGAGUUAUGCGUUCACCUUCCUGGACUCCCGGACGGAGAGCCCUGGAGCUGGGAAACGUGCUGCAGGAGUUGGCUUUGGAUGUGCCUGAAGAGCUUUCUGGUCAGGGGCAAACUCCAGACUCGCCCCCUUCCGAGGGCUCGCCCUCCCAGAAGGACCCAGCAAAGAAGAAUCUGGCGGAAUUGCUUCAAGACAGAGUGGCAGCCAACGAAGGUGGCAGGUACAUCUUCGAUGUGUAUGUUGAUCCAGAAAAUCGGUAA